UCCAACAAAAGCCGAGCACCCACCAUCUUGCCUCGCAAGACAAGCAUGAAGCAUCUCGAAGGCUCGAUCGAGCUCUUGCGAGUUGUAAUUUGAUCCCAAUCCGUGCUCUCGAGAUAAUUCCCCCCCCCCCCCUUCUCCCGAGUCCCGAUAGCUAAUUCGCUCAAGCCCAGAUCAAGCCUUACAAAACCCCCACCGCCUCGAAUCGAACCGAGAUCCAUCGAGAUCGAGAGAGGAAGCGGAGCCAUCGCCACCGAGUUCCGAGAAGGGUAGGAAGCAGGGUCCGGCGCGCGAGAUGUUCUUUUUCUUCGUGGGCGGCGUGGAGCAGGGCGCCGGGCGGGUGCUCAAGGAGGCGGCGGGGCGGUGCCUGCGGUGCGGCGGCGCGGCGGACCUGGUGGAGACGGAGAAGGUGCUCAAGCUCUUCUUCGUCCCCGUCCGGCGGUGGCCCGGGAAGGACCCCGCCUACCUCUGCCGCGAGUGCGGCCUCCUCGCGCCCGGGUCCCCCCUCGGCGCAGAACCAGGGCCGCCGCCGCCACCGCUCCUGCCCCGCGACGCGCGGUGUGGCGCAUGCAGCCGCGCCGUCGACCCGCAAUUCCGGUUCUGCCCCUUCUGCGGCUCCGCGCUCUGAACGGAAUGGCCGGGAGCAGAGGUGAUGACGCCUUGUGCCACUUGGUUUUCGUUUGCAGUUUCUACUGAGGUUUUGUGUGUGUCUGUGAAGACUUUGUAUGUAAUCACAAGAAAUAAAGGAAAAAAACAUCACAUCAUGUUCAUAGUUUAGUACUCGUGCCAUCAACAUCAUCAUCAC